ACUGCUCAAGUCCGAAUCUGCCCACCCGACCCGUCACCGUCGCCCCCAAAUUUCCUCGACUCUUCCUCUCCGUGCUGCCACCGUUCUGCUGCUGCCUGCGACCGUGGGCAAUGGGGCGUUCUGCACGCAGAACCGGAGCCGCCCAGAAGGCCGGCGGUCGGCGGCUGAGCAACGCCGAACGCUCGGCCUUUUUCGCCCGCAGAGAGGCGGCGAAGGUGUUGAAGCGCGUUCUCCAAGGAGACGCUCGGCGCCGGGCCGUCGGUUCCAUCAAAUCCCUAGUCUAUAGCCCCUCCGUCAGAAACAAAAAGGCCACCUUCGCCCUUGUCUGCCAAACCCUCAAGCAUUUUUUUAUCAUUAAGGAUGUCUUGGAGUAUGCCAAUGUGUUGAAUGGGAAGUGGAAGAGGGAAAAGGAACUGAUGUACAUUAUCACCUAUGACAUUCUUUUUGGCCAGGAAAUUUCAUUGAUUGGUGACCCAGAAGAAUUUCUCAUGCUCAGGAAAGAUGCUCUACAGAUAGCUCUGGCUCGUCUUUUAGUGAGCAAAAGUGUUAAACGGGUUGAAGACUUGAUGGCUUCUUGCCGUUUUCCUGAUGGUUCAAGACCUCGUUAUGUUCGUGUAAAUACUCUGAAAUUAGAUGUUGAGUCUGCCUUACGUGAAUUAGGGAAAGAACACAAGGUUCAAAAGGACGACAUGGUUCCUGACUUGUUGAUACUCCCACCAGGUAUUGAUUUGCACGAUCAUCCUCUGGUCAUAAAUGGAAGCAUCUUUAUGCAGGGCAAGGCAAGCUCCAUGGUGGCAGUAGCCCUGGGGCCCAAACCUGGGUGGGAGGUUCUUGAUGCAUGUGCUGCUCCAGGAAACAAAACUGCACACCUUGCUGCUCUUAUGGAAGGAAAAGGAAAGAUUAUAGCAUGUGAAUUAAACAAGGAAAGGGUUAAGCGUUUAGAUGACACUGUUCAACUUUCUGGGGCUGACAAUGUGGUCAUUUUGCACGGAGACUUCUUGAACUUAAACCCAGAGGACCCUUUGUACUCAAAGGUUCGUGCUAUUCUCUUAGAUCCUUCCUGCUCUGGUUCUGGCACUGCUGCAGAAAGACUCGACCAUUUGCUUCCCUCUUAUGCGGCUGCAGGCCAGUCUGCUGGCAUUGCCGGAACAGAUAGGCUCAAGAAGCUUGCGGCAUUUCAAAAGAAGACACUGGCACAUGCAUUAUCUUUUCCUGCAGUCGAGAGAGUUGUCUACAGCACUUGCUCCAUCCACCAAACUGAGAAUGAAGAUGUCAUAAAAUCGGUUUUGCCCAUUGCUGCAUCCCAUGGUUUCCAAUUGGGAAUGCCCUUUCCCGGAUGGCCCCGGCGUGGUCUCCCUGUUCUUGAAGGCUCUGAGUAUUUACUUCGGACAGACCCAGUGGAGGACAAAGAGGGAUUCUUCAUUGCUCUUUUCGUUCGGAAGACGGAUUUUCCCAUGAAGAAUGCUGGGAAUGCCUUAGAGGUUGUCAGCGUGAAGAAAUCCACUGACAGAAGGAAAGCUGUGAGCAAGCAAAAUUUUGUCGUGCCCCGUCUUUCAACUAAAGUGUCCAAACUGUUGUUGUAUCCUCAACUCAAUUGGCAGAAGCUAACCAUAUGCAGAAGAAAUAGCACUCCAUAAUGGAAUGAAUCAUUAAUCCCUUUUUUUUUUUGUGGGAAACCCUAAAUUGAAAGAUGGAUGGUUAGACACUUCUUGACAAAUGUUAACUUCAUCCCCUAAGUUCUGCAUCUGUUUUAGAAGCCUUCUCAUUUUCAUCAACAUUUUUCAUUGUCGAAUGAAUUUGGGUUUUAGGUUUUGCUUUAAGCGUCAACUGUCGACGUGAGAAUAAAAUUCUCCUGCCCCUGAAGAGAAAUAAAACAGAGUAAUAUUUAUUUCA